UUAACUGGAAAGUCCGCACAUAAGUGAUAGCUUGAAUGGCAAACAUAUUCUAUCUAUCUGCGAUAAGACGUCAUUUUCGAACUGACAUUGAAAGUAGAAGUGUCAACUCUGCCGUAACCAUGCCUGGAUACAAAUGGGUCAGAUACUCAGGAGCUCGUUGCAUUGUACCUAAAAUGAUUACUGUUGGUCGGGAUCUUGAUGGUUCAAACUUGGUUAUCGGAAGGGCAACGCAUCACGGUGAUCUUCUUCCUGCGAAGGUCAAACCGGAACAUGGGGUGGCCUACGUCUCUUAUGGAGGUCAGGAACACGCAAAACAUGAUUUCGAGAUCUUAAUGCCAGCUUGCAUCCAUUGGGUCCCUUCAAGAAAUGGAAUUGUCCCACAUGGAUCAGUAGAAGUUGGAAGUACAAGCACAGGUGAAACUCUUUACGUGGGGCGAGUCCUCCACAAUGGAGUAAUGACUUCUGGAAAGAUUCAGCCAAGCCACCACUGUCUCUACAUACCUUAUGAUGGACACGAAAUCUCUUAUAAGGAUUACGAAAUUCUUGUGCAAAAUUAAAUUUUAAAAGUGAUGGACAAAAAGUAUUUUUUGAAGAUUAAAGUUUUCUAAAACAUAA